UGGUCGUUGGCCAGCGAGCAUCAUGGAGGCGCCCUGGGGAGUCAUCAAUGUCCAGCCGGGCUGGUACGUCUCUUCCCAGCAGCCCGAGGAGGCGGAGGCGCAGGCAGAAGAGUUGAGCCCGUUGCUAAGCAACGAACGUCACAGACAAGGAUCCCCAGGUGUUUCAUAUGGUUUCUCAGUGUUUAAUUUGAUGAAUGCCAUCAUGGGAAGUGGCAUCCUUGGCUUAGCUUUUGUUACGGCUCACACUGGUAUCCUUGGAUUUAGUUUUUUGCUGCUGAUAGUUGCUCUUCUGGCUUCUUUCUCAGUUCAUCUCCUGCUUAGUAUGUGUAUUCAGACAGCUGUGACAUCUUAUGAAGACCUUGGACUCUUUGCAUUUGGAUUAUGUGGGAAGGUGGUGGUGGCAGGCACCAUAAUAAUCCAGAAUAUUGGAGCUAUGUCAUCUUAUCUUUUAAUUAUUAAGACAGAGCUACCUGCAGCUAUUUCAGAAUUUUUGUCUGGAGACUAUAGUGGGUCUUGGUAUCUUGAUGAACAAACACUACUAAUAAUCAUUUGUGUUGUCAUUGUGUUUCCUCUUGCUCUUCUUCCUAAAAUAGGCUUUCUUGGCUACACAAGUAGUUUAUCAUUUUUCUUUAUGGUGUUCUUUGCUCUUGUGAUAGUCAUUAAAAAAUGGUCCAUCCCUUGUCCUCUGACAUUAAAUUGUAUAGAGCAGUACUUCCAGAUUUCAAAUGCUACAGAUGAUUGUAAACCAAAGCUCUUUCAUUUCUCCAAAGAGAGUGCUUAUGCGAUACCAACCAUGGCUUUUUCAUUUCUCUGCCAUACCUCAGUAUUGCCCAUAUACUGUGAACUUCACAGCCCUUCAAAGAAAAGAAUGCAGAAUGUAACCAAUACCGCAAUUGCUUUAAGUUUCCUCAUUUAUUUUAUAUCGGCACUCUUUGGGUACCUCACUUUUUAUGACAAAGUGGCGUCUGAUAUACUUGAAGAUUAUAGUAAAUACUUGCCUCACGAUGUUGUUGUGAGGACUGUGAAGUUAUGCAUUCUGUUUGCUGUGCUUUUGACAGUCCCUCUAAUCCACUUCCCUGCAAGGAAAGCUUUAAUGAUGAUGUUUUUCUCCAAUUUUCCAUUCUCAUGGAUUCACCAUUUUGUGAUCACACUAGCACUCAAUAUUAUCAUUGUUUUACUUGCAAUAUAUGUUCCUGACAUUAAGAAUGUAUUUGGUGUCGUUGGUUCCAGCACAUCCACAUGUUUGAUUUUUGUAUUCCCAGGACUGUUUUAUCUUAAACUUAGCAGAGAGGAUUUCCUCUCAUGGAAAAAGCUUGGGGCCUUUGUUUUGCUCAUCUUUGGAAUUUUGGUUGGGACUUUUAGUUUAGCCCUCAUCAUUUUUAAUUGGAUUAAUAACAAAUGAAAGAUACUUUUUUCCAUUUCUUGUGAAGAAUAAUUUACCUCCAUAUGCAAAAAAA